CAGAGCUUUAACGAUUUCCUAAGAACGAUCUAAUCUCAUUCUACUUCUUCCCAGAAAAUACACACUUCAACUUACAGACAGCCGACAUCUCCGAGGCAACCUCAGCAUGGCGAACUUCAGAGACUUAUUCAAAACAAUGAAAAGCGAAUCAGAUCGUUCUAGGAAGAACGAUUUCCCUUGGAGCGACAAGUUAAGGUGCCUAUCCCUCACCAAGUCAUGCCUUGAAGAGAAGAACGAGGUGUCGACGAGACACAUUAAGACGACAACAGAAAGCAUACAGACAAAUUAUCAUCUGAUUUCCAGUCCCAUUAUCAAUGCCCUUCAUGAGCUGAAAAAGCGCAAAGAUAAUAGAAAGACCAAAACCACUUUCACAAAUGCUCCAGGGGAGAACAGUCUGAAGGCAAAAUGUGGAAUCCUAGCUGCAUAUUGGAUCGUAAUACAGGCCCUGGCUUCGUCAGGGAAUCGAGUGGUUCAUAGACGCAGCGAUUCCCCAAAUGUCCCUUCAAAUGCCUCUGAAAGUGUUCCUGCCACAGAAAUCCCAGGUUCUCAGUCAGAAAAGACUGCCCCAGGCAAUCCGAGCCCCACUACACAGACAAGACAGAACGAUGCAACAUUGUUUGACCACGAUUAUGAAGCUAGUAGUGCCUCAGGACAGGCCAUGGAACAGUCCGAGUCAAGCCUUCAUGAGCCAAACCACGUUGCGAUGAACAACAAUUGCUUCACAGUGACAGGGUCUCCUAUGCCUGAUCCAUUUGACGACGACGACAGCCCAAUUCCUGAUGAAUAUAGACGGUAUGGAUCGGACUUGCCCUAAGAUCCAGCGGAAGGAAGAUCUCCAUAGAGUUAUGAUACGCCGUAUAAAGGGUGUUGAAUACCUCCCGUCGAGCCUAUCACAGAUGGUGAGUUGAGAAUCGGCGAUGUUCGUGAAUGUAUAUUUGAAUUCAUCCAAGAUGGUUGAAUGGAAAAGCCAGAGUUAAAGAAAUCGUACUCCUAUGAAUACAAACACAUCAAAAUUACUACCUCAUAGUUCUGAUCAAAGAGGCGCUUGGUCUGCGACCGCACGCACUGAAUUGCACCCAGGAUGCGGAUUAACCGUAGUGGUCACGACCCCACGAAGAACUUAUAUUGUUGUUUGAAUGUGGAAUAAAGGCGUUUCGAGUUGAUGAUAGAUUGCUGAGAUGGAUAUGUUGAUUGUGAAGCCUGGUUCUUUCGUUUCAAAGUCGAAUAUGAUAAUUGUCGCUGGAUUAUGCGUUAGUUUC